UAAACAGGUGUCGAAGAUCUUUGUGGCCCCGGGAAACGUUGGAAUUUCCAAGUUGAACAAAGUCGAACUGGUUGAUCUAAAUGUUGAUGAUAAGCCGGCCGUAGUGCAAUGGUGUCGAUCGAUAGGCGUGACCUUGGCUGUGAUUGGUCCAGAGGCGCCACUCGCCACCGGAUUGGUCGACUCACUCAGCCAAAAUGGCGGCCCUAGAAUUUGUCGACAACUUGCUGGUCGACAAAAAAUUCGGAUCAGCUGGAGAGAACAUUAUCAUCGAAGAGGUGUUGACUGGAGUCGAAGUGUCGGUGCUGGCCUUCACAGACGGAACAGAGGUCAGGGUGAUGCCCCCGGCUCAGGACCACAAGAGGGCACUGGAUGGCGACCAGGGGGGCAUGACAGGAGGCAUGGGGGCAUAUUGCCCCUGCCCCUACAUCGACCAGCAGGGGCUCGAACUGGUUAAGAAGACUGUCCUACAACCUGUCAUUGAUAAGUUGAGACAAGAUGGCUCUCCCUUUGUUGGUGUAUUGUAUGCUGGUUUAAUGUUGACCAAGGAUGGACCCAAAGUUCUGGAGUUUAACUGUCGUUUCGGCGAUCCUGAAACCGAAGUUUUGUUACCUUUGUUGGACACCGAUCUCUGCGACAUUAUGAAGGCCUGUUGUACUAAACAAUUGAAAAACAUCGACAUACAAUGGAAGAAGAAUCUAUCGGCUGUAACUGUUAUAAUGGCUAGUAGAGGAUACCCUGAAUCAAGCAGUAAAGGAGAUGUCAUUCAAGGCCUAUCCGAAGCUGAAUCACUGGACAAUACACUGGUCUUCCACUGUGGCACGCGAUUGGCCGAAAAUGACGUCAUCUCGACCAAUGGCGGGCGAGUAUUGGCCGUGGUCGCAUUGGCCAAUCAGCUGAGUGCUGCGGCUGCCAAGGCCAAUACAGGGUGUGCCAAAAUUCGCUUCCCUGGAGCUCAGUACAGGAAGGAUAUCGGUCAUAAGGGUAUUGCCAGGGACAUCUUGUCGCAAGGCGAGUUAACCUACGAACAGAGCGGAGUGUCGAUCGACGCGGCUGACACUCUCAUCGAAUCCAUCAAGUCGUGCGCCAAGUCCACCCACAGGACGGGGGUGUGCGGGGGGAUUGGCGGGUUUGGCGGGCUGUUCGACACCAAACUGGCCGGCUACAAGGAUCCCCUGCUUGUCUCGGGCACUGACGGCGUCGGAACCAAGCUCAAGAUAGCCCAAGCAACAGGUCUGACUUCGACGAUCGGCAUUGACCUGGUUGCAAUGUGUGCCAAUGAUAUACUCACACACGGGGCCGAACCUCUCUUCUUUCUCGAUUACUAUGCAACUGGCCAACUCAGUGUCGAGCAAGCGGCCGAUGUCAUAGCUGGUAUAGCUGAAGGGUGUCUCCAGGCUGGAUGUGCUCUCAUUGGCGGCGAAACAGCAGAGAUGCCCGGUAUGUAUGCAGCCGGCGAUUUCGACCUGGCCGGCUUUGUGGUGGGGGCAGUGGAAAGACCCUCCCUCCUGCCUCUCACCCACACCAUAGCAGCUGGUGACGUCAUCAUAGGACUCACGUCUCGCGGUUGCCAUAGCAACGGAUACAGCUUGGUUCGCAAAGUGGUUCAGAUGUCGGGGUUGGACUACAAUGAUCUGCCCCGUUCUCCAGCCAAGGCAACACCCUGGGUCAGUGAAGAACUCCUGACCCCAACCAAGAUGUAUGUGAAACCAAUCCUGCCGAUUCUAAAGCAGAACCUCACCAAAGCUCUUGCUCAUAUCACAGGGGGUGGCCUGACUGAAAACAUCCCCCGAAUUCUCAACAACAGUGUAAGGGUUGAAAUAGAUGCCACCGCAUGGACUAUGCCUGCUGUCUUCCCUUGGCUCUGUGCUACAGGUGAAGAACUGCUGACCCCAACCAAGAUGUAUGUGAAACCAAUCCUGCCGAUUCUAAAGCAGAACCUCACCAAAGCUCUCGCUCAUAUCACAGGGGGUGGCCUGACUGAAAACAUCCCCCGAAUUCUCAACAACAGUGUAAGGGUUGAAAUAGAUGCCACCGCAUGGACUAUGCCUGCCGUCUUCCCGUGGCUCUGUGCUACAGGUAGAAUCAGUGAGCCUCAGAUGCUCAGAACGUUCAACUGUGGUAUUGGAAUGGUGGUCAUCUGCUCUCCUGAAAACAAGCAAAAAAUUCUGGAUCUGAUCCCUGGAUCAACUGUUAUAGGAACUGUUCACAAAAGAGACAGAAAAGAUGAACCUCAAGUGAAAGUAUUGAACUAUGGGCAAGUCAUGGAGCCUCUGAUGCUCCCUUAUAUAAAACCUGUUAUCACCAAAUUGAUGUCGAAAAAAAGACUGGCUGUUCUCAUAUCAGGAAACGGGUCUAAUUUACAAGCUCUGAUCGACGCCACUAAAGGCAGCACGGUUGCGGAGAUAGUUCUGGUGAUUUCUAACAAGGAUAACGUUAUGGGGCUGGAACGAGCUAAACAAGCUAAUAUUCCUAGCAAGGUGAUAGACCACAAGCUCUACGCGACCCGCGAGGCGUUUGAGGAAAAGGUUCACUCUGCCCUAACUUGGUCCGGGGUGGAUCUGGUGUGUUUGGCCGGCUUUAUGCGAGUUCUAACCGGCUAUUUUGUGGCGAAAUGGCGGGGUCGUCUGCUAAACCUGCACCCUUCUCUGUUGCCCGCGUUCAAGGGUGCAAAUGCUAUACAGGAUGCGCUAGAUGCCGGAGUCAGGGUGACCGGGUGCACUGUGCACUUUGUCGAGGAAUCAGUGGACGCCGGUGUGAUAGUAUCUCAGGCGGCUGUUCCAAUAGAUAUUGCUGACACCGCAGAAAGUUUGGCCCAGAAAGUGCACGCCGCCGAACACACAAUUUUCCCGCAGGCGGUUCUCGAUUUGGCCGCCGGAAAAUUCCGUCUUGAUUUGGCCACAAAUCGUCUGGUCACGUGAUCUAUUCACAGCUGGUUCCUGAACAAAAUCAAAAUAUCUCAUACCCGAAAUUCACAAGACAAACUGUAAAAUAUAAACACGUCCUAAAAGAUGAAGAAACCUGAAGGCUCAACUGACACUUAGGCGACUCAGGUGGAGAAGAGACUGGA